AUGAUGCAGAAGAAGCUGGCGCUGGUGGUUGGCAUUGGUGCCUUGACCUUCCUCCUGAUGCUGAGGUGGGAGCACGUGAUGACCCUAGUGAACCUCAUGAGCAGCAAACGACCUUCAGCUGAGCCUGAACUGCCCAAAGGCACCAUCACCCCCAUCCCAGGCUCCAGGCACCUCAUGGUGUCUGCCUUUAAGGACCACAGACUGGGCGGGGCCAUCAGGGUGAUCAGCAUCAUCUGCAAGCAGGAGCUGCAGCCGCUCUACUGUGUCCUAUGCGCUAACGCUAAGGCUGAUGCUAAGGCUGAUGCUAAGGCUGAUGAGGCUCUGAAUCAGUGCGCAUUUUCACCGGCAAAAGUUGCCGUGCACAGCGAAAGCUUUGGCUUUCCUUUUGUGACUUCAGAUGUGUUUUGUAUGAGUCCAGCGUUACAGCAAGCCACACAUGUCAGCAUAACAGCUAACCCAAACGCCAAUUUGACAUUUGUAUCAAUCCAAAACCAGGAGGUCAAGGAAUCGUUUAAGUACAACUUUACUGUAUGCAUAUCUAACCUUUUUGGGGAGUACAAUAAUGCCCUCCAAUUUGUACAAACCAUGGAGGUGUACAAGCUUAUAGGGGUUCAGAGGGUCGUCAUCUACAACACCAGCUGUGGCCCAGACGUUGAGAAGAUUCUCAAUUACUACAGGAAAGAGGGCAUGCUGGAGGUUGUGCCUUGGCCAAUAGACAAGUUCCUAACGCCCUCUACUGGGUGGAAGUAUGACUUACACCAUGGGGACAUGCAUUAUUAUGGACAGCUGACCACUCUGAACGAAUGCAUAUACAGAUACAUGUACCAGUCAAAGUACCUCCUGCUGAAUGACAUUGAUGAGAUCAUUAUGCCUUACAAGCAUGCCAACCUGGAGAAGUUAAUGGGCACUUUACAGCAGCAGCAUCCCAAUGUAGGGGUCUUCAGUAUAGAGAACCACAUCUUCCCCAAAACGCAGUUCGAUGACAGCGGCCGAUUUCGUCUGCCUCGGUGGAGGAGUGUGCCUGGUGUGAACAUCCUGGAGCAUGUCUACCGAGAGCCGGACAGGAAGCAUGUGUUUAACCCCACCAAGCUGCUCAUCAGCCCCCGGAGCGUGGAGCAGACAUCAGUACACUCCACGCUGAAGCAGUUCGGACCUGUCUUUAACGUCCCGUUCGAUGUAUGCCGCAUCAUCCAUGUCAGGGUGCCACUGCAAGGACAACUCUCCAAAGACCAGCUGUUCGUCGACAAGAAACUCUGGGAAUUUGAGGAGCUUUUGAUUUCCAGUAUUGAUCGUGCACUGAAUGAAUCAGGUGUGUUGUGAAAUACCGAUGCUUCCUACGGUGACAUAGCCGUUUGGUAACGCUGUAUGUAUUCUGUUUAGCCUCACGUGACCAAUUUAAUGGAGGAGAAACAACGAAAAUGUGUUUCAAAAAUCAAACUAAGAAUGAUAUAAUCCGGGUGACAAAUGUCUUGUAUUCAUUGCAUGCUGUGUUGGAUUGAGGCUAUCAAAUGAUAUAUGAUUGGAAAAAUGGGCUGCCUUCAGACAUUGUAAGUAGGCCUACAACACAAGCAACAAAAAUCUCCUCAUAACACAGUAGUCGAAGUAAAAAUCUCUUUUACAAACAUUGGAUGAUUGGUAUUAAAACACACACAUAUACAGCUCCUGCCCAACUUACUUCUACAACAGUAGCAUCCUCCUCUAUUUUAAUAAGGCAAAACCCUCUAUGACUAUCUGGCAUUUACAAACUCAAUGAAAUUACCCCAAGAGCAGAAUCCUCAUGCCCACCAAAUGCCACUUCUUUUCCUCCCAUGUACAACACCACACUGAUUAGCCUCUUCAUUAUCUCAUGUUUUUUUCCUUGGCUACAGUGUUUUUGGACCCUUAUGUCCUUUCCAGAGUGUUCAGUAUGAAUUGAAUGACACGGAUAAAGCUACACAGACCUGAUAAAGGUAGAUAAGAUAAGGUGAAUCCACAUCCUAAAGGUGAACU